AUGGUUUCAACUCAAGAUUCCGUCACCAACGGCCACUCGAAGCAGAAGCGCGCAAGCCUCUCUAACGUAUUUGAAGGGCUUGAAAUCACACACAUUCCAUCCUCCUUGUACCCUCUGAUCCCUAUCAGCCAAGCGAAGUCAAUCCGCCGAAUGAUGAAGUCCACACUCAGCUUCGGUAAUGGUACCGUUGUUGCUCGCUCUUUAAGCAGCAUCGAAACACAGCUGACAGUCGCAAUGGACGAUCCAGUUCCAUUGGAUUUGGUCCAAUCCUAG